AAGUAUAUUUCUACAUUUUCAUUAUGUCAACGACUGUUGUAUAUUUCCCAACAUCUUCCUUUGGGAAUACCAAGAUAUUGGGAUCAUGUGGCAAAAUUUAUCAAUUACAACAAAAAAACUGAGGUCACCAGCGAGCAGUGUCAGUUGUGUUUGGAUAACAUAACGAUUCUUGAUCCUGAUGUUCUUCUUAGCGAAAAGAAUAUGUUUGAGGAGCUUUGCCAGUACUCAAACAAAGCUGACAUACCUCUUGGAGCUGUUCUCAUUUCUAAUAAUAAUAUUUGUCGUUUUUGCGGAAGCCAAUUGCGCGUUAAAAACAGGGCAAAACAGGUCGCUAAAGUCGUCAUAUAUGAUGAACAAAAGGGCACCUUUCUGGCCUCACAUUACACAAAGUUCUGCACAAAAGAAAGUUGCAAGUUCCGCCAGUACUAUGGGAAAUACACCCUAACGGGAGAUGACAUGUAUUUUGAUCCAGAUUGGAUGCAAAAUAGAUACUUUCUUUCCACAUCGGAGACCGCUUUUGAUAUGGAUUUGCUUAAAAAUUUUGAUCACCAGCUCCUCAUUGGCCAGAUAUCAUAUCAACAAAAAUCGAGGAUAUAUAAUGCAACUAAUGGUUAUGAUGCAAACCAAAAAAAGAAGAAGAAAAAAGCAGUGCCAGACUUAAAAGAAAACAAGACUCAGGAAAGCCACCAGAACCUAUCUACCAGUGAAUCAAUACUAGAAGAAAGAAAGCAACUUGACAGACGACGCCUAGAGGAUGGACAUUUGCAAUUUGCGAUACUUCGGAUCAUGGAAUCGUAUCCAGAUGAGUUUAAUUGCCAAAGUACGUCAUUCAAAGACUUAAAAGAGCUUCUAACUAGCAUAACACCAGUUUUUCAUGAAGCCUUUAUAAAGCGGUUUGCAGGUCAUUCAUGCACAUAUCCGGGGUGUAGAAACGUCCUCGUUAUUGACGGAAACAUGAAAAUUUCCCGUGAGGUUUGUAAAGCAAAGGACGUCGGAUUUUUGCAGUACAAAGGUUUGGAGGGUUCCAUAAAGAGUGGCUGCUUAAAAUCGCCGGCAUUUGAAUCGAGAUACUGUGAAGACCACAAAGACUUCGCUUGUGAACUAAAAAUUGCAUCAUCCGAUGAAACAGCUUCAGCAAACGAGAACGAUACAGGUGAAAUGUUUCAAAGUGGUCCUGUAACUAGAGCGAUGGCUAAAGCUAGUGGAGAUCCAUCCGGUGACAUUCCUGAGGAUGGUAUUAUUGAAAAGAUCCUUGAUGUGAAAAUCACGCGGGCCAAGGCUUAUUAUAAAGUGAAAUUUCUUGGUCAAAAAGAGGAAGAAUCGUUGUCAUGGGAACCAGAAGAAGAUGUGCCAUCGCACCUUAUUAACUUGUACAAGUCAAAAAUACAAUUGAAUAUUGCUAUUAAAGAAACAAACUAUAAUGGACAGCUUUCAAGAAGAUUUAUAAGUGUUCCAAAAGUCACAGACGAGCCUGAAGUAAAGAGACAGAAGACUAGCGUGGAAAUCCCCAAAGCAGGAGUACUCUUUAAAGAAAAAUUCAACAUCAAUUGUAAUACAGAAAAAGAUAAGGGAAAACGUCAGAGAAAGAACGAGAGAACUGCAGGAAUCCUGUGUGGAUUAAGACCUUGUGGAGUUUUUGUGACUGUUGCGGAACUUUAUGGAUGUGAGUCAAAUUCACAAGUUUACGCAAUUCUUCACGAGGCACUAAGGAAAAACGCCGAAAGCUUCAAAAUGCUUGAAUAUCUAGUUUACGAUGACGCAUGCCAUCUUCGUAAAUAUGCGCAGAAUCCUAUCCGUUCUGAGUUGACAGAGCAAACUAAGACCUUGCGAGACAUUGAAAUAGUUGUGGACAAGAUGCACAUGCGAGGUCACGUUGAUCCUUGGUGCAAAAAGCAUUGUGAUUCCAGAAAAAUUGAAGAACUUGCCGAGGUCGAUACUGAGGUCUGUGAACAAUCAUUUUCAUGGUUAUCAUUGUACAAGAAAAUGACAAGAAAAAUGAACCAAGAACAUUUCAUGUUUCUGGUUCUGUAUUUGUUGCAUUUACAUAACGUAAAAGAAGAAACCAAGCUGCUAAAUGGUGGAUAUUUAUCUGCAACAUAGACUUUGAAUAAAACAGCUAGU